AUGUCUGCUAAAAUCGUAUUGGCAUUAUCAGCCAUCUGCUUAGCAGUGGUUUAUGGAUUACCUCAACACGCUGGUGCCCGUUACCCGGCUGGUGUAAACCCUGCACUGUGUCCUGGUUAUCCCCAUUGUGAUAAUUUGCUGCUCGCCCAGUAUGCUGUCGCCCACGCCCCAGUCGUACCAGUAGCUCCAAUUCAUUACGAUCAUCACGAUUACCACGGAGUUGGGGGUGCCAAAUACCCAGCUGGAGUUGACCCAUCAACCUGCCCAAAUUAUCCAUACUGCGACAACACCAUUGGAGCAGCUUACCAUGCUCCUCCAUUACCAGGAUUUGCUCACAGACUUUAUCCUGAUGGAGUAUCUGCCUACAAAUGCCCAAAUUAUCCAUUCUGCCAUUAAUAAUGAUAUAUUUACAAUAUACAAUACUCAACUCAAGGAACUGAUUAGAACAGUCUGACGGGGAUAAAUAUGUUUUUAUGUAUUUAUUGGACUGACAUGACUUAUCUGUAACGCAUUCUACUCUACUAUAACUUUAUAUUUAUGAUAAAAUCUGAAAAAAUGUAUUUGUAUUUGAGACAAUACAAAAUAUUUAGUGAUCCACCUAUUUCUUAGCACUAUGCACAAAACCUUUUAAUUUUCCACCACUACACUUUGUAUUCUUUAAUAUUAUAAACACUUUAUCACCUUUUUCAGAUUCACU